CCGAAACAAAAACGAUCAUUAUCCAAAUGUAGGUGUACGGAAAUUCUGUCGGCCCAUGACACUGUUGUUGUAUGCGAGAGACAGCUGGAUGUGGAUUGUAUGUUUGUGAGAGAGAGAUGUGAGAAAACGGAAAAACGGCAUGUCAGUACUGGAGGGGGUCCCGAAACGUCACAUCCAAGGACGCUGGAAGGAGCUGGUUUGGAGCUGGUUUAGAUCUGAGCACCACAGAGAGGGAGCAACCCGCAGAGCCUUGACUGAUCUCCACACCACAGACUUUACUGCCGAUUACAAUCUCAAAGAGAUAGAACUAUUUCAACAAUGAAGCGCGGACUUCUUCACUUUUUAUUAACUUUCCCUUUCAUCAGCGGGUCACCUUUCCAGUAUAGCAUGUUUCAGGGGAACCCAUAUACUAGCAGCGAAACACGACAAAGGAACAAAAACUGGUGUGCCUACGUUGUGCACAAGAACGUGAGCUGUGCCGUCGUGGGAGGCACGGAGAGUUUCGUGCAGCCGGAGGUUUUACCGUGUCCACCGGAGCUGCCGAACUGCGCGCAACAAGUGAUAUAUCAAACCCAUUUUAGGCCCAUGUACAAAAUUGCCUACAAGACUGUAACAGAGCUGGAGUGGAGAUGCUGCCCGGGGUACCAGGGCCACAACUGCAGGGAGGUGAAAGACAUGAAGCUUCUCCAAGUAGAGCGUUUGCCUCAUGCUCCCUCCACCCCUGGGCAUUUCCCUGCUCCACAAGCGCCAAAUCAGCAGACAGAAGACAAGAGAAACCAUCCAUGGGGAGGGGAGGGACAGUUGGGAGGUCAGACGGGUCACAGGCCACAGCAGGGUUAUGGAGGGUCUCAGAGUCCACAACACCUGGAGGAGGAGGUGCAGCGACUUUCCCAGAUGGUCCUUGACAUGCAGGCAAGAAUGACAGACAUGUCCUCCAAUCUGAGACUGGACUUCCAGGAGGAUGCCAGUAAGAUGCUUGUUACGCUGCUGAAUAACCUCAAGCAGCCUGCCAGUGCACGGGGCGCAGAGACCGAAACUGUUCAGGUGCAGGACUUCUCUUUUGACGAGGGGACAGUGGCGAUGGAUGAGGUCAUGAACAAGAUUAACCAGGUCACACAUGAUCUGGAGUCCAAGAGCAACACCCUGGAAGACCUGCUGGGUCGUGUCAACCACCAAGAUGGACAAAUUCGUCUGUUAAUGGAAGCUGGCCAGACUCCGCCGUCCACUCCUCAUCUUCCUCCCCCAGCCAGUGAUGCAGACCUGCGGGCCUACCUGGACGAUAAGGUCCGAGCUCUGAGAGAGGAGUUGAUGGAGGGAAUAGAAAUCAAAAUGGCAGAUUUGAAGAAGUCCUGUGAUUAUAAAAUCAUGUCAGUUCAGGAACAGUGUGAAGGACAGGAAGCCAACUACCUCAGCCUGGCCGAGCUCAUGGACUCCAAGGAAAGUGACCUCCGCAGUGAGAUCCAGGACCUUAAGAACAAGUUGACUGAUCCAGGAAAGGAAGACAACCGGGUAUCUAACUCUGUUGUGGCUCAUGUGGAGAACCAUGAAAUCCAUCUGAACUCAUCAGAGAAGACUAUGGUGCAGUGCCUCUCUGUAGAGGAAAAGCUGAGGAAAGAACAGGCGGAGGCCAUCAAAGAUCUGACGAACACUCUGGAGGACAAACUGGCCUCCAUGGAGGACCGACUCACUGUCCUGUUGAUGGAUACAAACACUAACUCCCCAUCGGAUGGUCAGCCAGAGAGGGACAUUAACUCCCUAAAAGGUUCUGUGCAAACUCUGGAGGACAGACUCAAAGACUUGGACCAGUUGUGCUCGAAAGAGUGCAAAGCUAAUAUGACUGUUGUAGAAAACAUUCAGCAGGAUUGCCAGAGCUGCAAAACUGCUGUAGAUGCUAUCGAGACUCAUCUAAAAGGCCAGAUAAAUGGAAGUGGAGCUGAGAAUGUACAGGAUGAGUUAAGCUACUUGAAAGGCCGUGUGGGCAGACUGGAGGACUCGCUAUCAGAUAUAGUCCAGCAGCAGUCUCAGACCCUGAAGAGCCUCAACUCCACCUGGGGACAGGUUAAAGCAGGGACUGAGCAGGAGGCCAAGGAGCUUUUGGAGCUCCACAGAACACAGCAUGAGGAGCUGAGACAGCGGCUGGACGAGCUGGGCAGGGAAGUGAAAGCUGAGGCCGACCGCUGCAGGGAAAAAACACAAGAUGUCGGGUUGGACAUCGCCCACAUGGACAGCCGCGUUGUUAAUGUGGAGGCUUUAUGCAGCAAGCUGGAUCCUAUCUCUGGUAGCCUCCAGAGGAUCAAAGAGGGGCUGAAUAAACACGUCACUGGGUUGUGGACUUGUGUGAACCAGCUGAACAGCACGGUGAGAUCUCAUGCUGGAGACAUCGGAGGACUGAGGAGAACCUGUCAAACCUUGCAGAGCCACAUCUCAGAUGUAGCCAGAGACCUCCACCUGCUAACAAACGGCUCUCCGGGGAAUGAAGGUGUUCAGGUUGGAGUGGAGGCCGCCGGACUUCCUCAGGGCUCAACUAAGAGCCUCACGGUGCCGAUGGGCCCCGUGGACGCCUCCCUCCCUCAGCCACCUGUGAUGGAGACCGGAGAGGCGGGCCCUCCCGGCAAGAUGACCCAGUCCAAGUUGCCCAAAGGGACCGACGGCAGCAUGAUGCCUGUUCAGGGUUUUGCCGGAGCUCCAGCUUCACCAGUCAAACCUACUGACUCCCUAAAGACCAGCAUGCCUCUGAUCUCAGUAGUAAACAUGCCCCACAGACCUCCACCUCAGAAACCCGUCACAGCUUCAGGUGAGAAGGUGUCGUUCUCAGCCGGUCUGACUCUUCCACCGUUCCAAGGAGACGUUGGAAUCGUUCGAUUCAACAAAGUGCUGAUCAAUGAUGGAGGACAUUAUGACCCUCACACAGGUAUCUUCACAGUUCCUACAGAUGGUUGCUACCUGGUCACAGCUGUUCUCGCAGCCCAGCGAGGCGAGAAGGUCGAGGCGGUUCUGUCCGUGUCCAAUCACAGCAUCCAGAGGUUGGACUCUGCAGGCUUCCUGUCCGGAGUCGCUGCACCGCUUUCACAUGAACAGUGUGGCUGCAGCAGUUCGACCUCACUGAGUCUGGUUCUGUCACUGAGGCGAGGAGACCGAGCCGGACUCGUCGUGACCGCCGGGAAGCUCGCCAUCUCAGCCUCGUCCGAGAUCCUGUCGUCUUUCAGCGCCGUGCUUCUUUACCCCAGCCCCUCAAAACAGUAGCUCCUCCACUUCCACACGCAACCGACACAUUACAUAAGCCAUAAGUGGAGUACAGAGAUGUUACGUUACCGGUGAUACACUGAGGGAGGAAGGCACAUUGUGUUCACCGCAAGGGAAAGAAGGAAAGUCUCCAAGUAAUAAAUGAGAUUAUUUCUAUCAUGAGUACUAAUAUAUAGUUUCAAUGCAAUUAUUUUAUAUUUUUAAUUGUAUAGUUUUGUUUUUGACUUAGCUCUUACAAAUAUUUGCUUUAAAAUAUCUGCAGUAGUCUGAGUUUCCCCUUUAAUAUUAGAAAAAACAAAGAUAUGCAACUACAUCACCUUGUAGAUACUAUUUGUUUUAACUUGUAACCCAUACAUUCAUUGCUGGAGGCUUAUUCUAUCCUCAAACCUGAAAGUAUGUCUUAAAAUGUAAGGGAUGACAUGACAUUCUCAUCAUGGUGGUGCUAAAUGUCCAAAAUAAGCUUCCAUCUUUCAAAUACAAACUUUUAUUAAAGCAUCAUCCAACGUAAGACAUCUGUUUUACCUAUUUAUCUGUACAAUAAUAAACAUUAAAUACACUAUACUAGUUUACUACAGCAAAUCUACAGUUUUGGCGCACUUUACAAAUUAUUCAUGUUUUCAAAUCUCACCCCUCACACAGUCCAACACAUUUAUCAAAACCUUCAGUCAUCCAUUGUGCUUUAAUGGUUACAUCUUAAUGUAAACUGGUUUACAAGGUAAUCACAACAAUCUACAGAAAAAGACCUGAAGCAGCAGCAACUUCAAAAAACUAUGAUAAUACUGUGUGGUUUCUUCACACAAAGUUUAUCACUUUCAUAGAAAGAAUGCGGUAAAUUUGACUGACGGCUGUUACUGAGCAUGAAAAUAACACAAACAAAAAGACAUUCAUAUCCUGCAGUUUUCACAACAGCAACAUCUGGCAAAAACAUCAGCAAAGGGUCAGAAUUCAUCAAAAAUAGUUAUAUAGUCUAACUAAAUCUUGAUUUAGAAAAAUACUUACCAAAUAGCAGCGAUAUUUACAUUUCAGAAAGUGAUUGUUGUUUCUCCUAUAUUGCAGUAAUGCAGUUUUUAACUAUGAGCACAUUUUACUUCUUAGCAUACAAGUGCAAAAUCCUUUAGCUUUGGAGCAAAAAUACAAUAAAUAAAGAGCAAAGGAGGCCCUAAAGGACGACUACACGGCUAUAAUACACCGUGGAGUUCUCAAAGGAGCACUACAGUCAGUAGUUUUGUUUCACGUUGGCCAGUUUUCUUCAACUCCACCAUCUAAAUAAGUGCUGAGGCAACUUAUUCUCAUAUGUAUUGUAACAUAAACUGUGCAAAUGGUAAGAACAACAGCAGAUUCUUCAUAGUUUUGACAGUCAUACACGCCAAAAGUCUCAAAUACAACUAUUCUGUGCAGCUCCAACACAAAGAUUAUUCUGGAAGUGCGUGAAGGGAAUAAACCCUUAAUUGAGAAGAUUGUGUUGCACAAAAAAAAAAUACGGAAACAUUCAAACUGUUCCACUAAAGCAGAAUGUGUCCAAGACGAUAUCAAACUAUCCAGUGGCCGACACGAGACUCAAACGUCGUCGGUAUUGCACAAGUGCACACAGCUGUUGAAUAAAUUACUGAGUUCAGCUGAUUUCAAGUAAGAAACUGAAGACAUUUGAGUUAAAGCGGCUCCUCAAAGCAAACCUCAGCGAUCGGUUCUCUCCAGUAGCAGAAGGAGCUGAACUCCGGGCAGCUGAAGGUGGCGUUGUGUUGCGUACUCCGUAAAGGAAAAACAUGCUCCACCAGCUCACUCAGCCGGCUGUAUCUGCCAAAUAUUUAAAAAAAACAGCAGUGGAAAAACAAUAAAAUGUUUGUCUGAGAGAAACAGCUGACAGACGAAAACAAUCACGCCACUGAGGGUCAUUACUCACGAUGUUUUAUUGCCUUUGGCUUGUUCCAGGAUCAACUCCCCUUUGGGAUUCACUGUGAAUAUCCGGCACACUGGCACACCCACUUGCUUAUAGGCAAACACAUCCUUAUAUACCAGGGGGGAAAACAGACAGUGAGGGUGAUUUUCCUGACGUUUUAGAAGAAAAAAUCGAAUCUGCAGUGAUGAAAGAAAACUAAAAUAUUACACUUACACUCGCUCUGUUUCCAAAGGCGGCGUAGAAAGGAUGCGUGUUUGGGAAGAACAAGUUCUUGAUGUCUGUGAGGCACUCGAUCUUGAACUUCUCAGGCUUCUUUUCUAUGACCUCUCUGAUGAGAGGAUUUCAAAAGGAUUAGAGAAUUAACCUCCAACCUGCUGGAGUCGCCUGCUUUUAAUUGAGCUAAUUUGUUAUGACUCUUAAGUCUCUUAAGUAAAAUAAAAUGCUGCUGAAAUAGCAUUCAACACAAGUCAAACAAGCAAAAUGUAAUUUGCAUCGUGAUAAAUGACUUCCUUGAUGUUUUUGCUUCAUCUCCACUAUAAUUUUCUGGAAGAGCUGCAUCAGUCUCAGUCAACGCUGCUGCAAAACUUGCUCGAUAAACAUCCAUUACUUAAAUCCCGUGAUGAAUCACAGGUAGUCAUGUUGUUGCAGAGCGUCGGAUAAAGAGGAUUUCUUACCUGUGGAAGGCAGAGAAGAGGCUGCUUGGGGAGAGCAUGAGGGGUCCCUGAGGCAGGAGGGUCCCUCGGUCGUUCACCCAGUGCAGAUAUCCUCGAGUCAUGUCAGCCAUGCCGAUCGCUCGGGCCGAACAGUACAGGAACUUGUAACCAUUCCUGCAGCGGUCAGACAGUCUUGGGUUAAAUCUUUCACCGUUUUUACAACGGGCAGCAGAAUAUGAUCGUGGAAACUGUUUCUUACUCUUUAACUGAGUGGUAAAGUUUAGCGAUUCCCUGGUGAGUCCAGUCUUUACCAAGCUGAGGCAGAAUCUGACCAAACACGUCGGAUCUGAGGGGAAAAAUCAACAUGAUAAAAGGCUUUCCAACAAGACAGGAACAGGAUUACCUGAUAAAAAUGAUGUAAGUGAUGAUACAAUUUAGAGUGAACCUCAUUAAAGCUGGAAUGCAAGAUUUUUAGAUAUAAAUGAACAUCCAAAUGAAGUCACACGAUGCUGAUUAAGCUCAUCUGUUUUGUGUAAAUUUCUCUGCAACUUACAGUAUAGUGGAGUUUAGAUGUAUUUUACAUGAACCAACAAUGAGCAUGAACUGAGGAUGAGAGCAGCAAUAACAACAGAAAAAGAGGCAAGAAAAAUUUCUGAUGCUCCAAUAAAAAAAUAAAAAUAAAAAAUUCAGCGUACAGCAGAAGGAUUGCAAUCUCAAGAAAGAAAACAAUCCAUGUUGAGAUGUGCAUCAUAAUGGCACUAUUUGCUGCCACAAGGGGGCAAAAUCUGUUCCCCAAUGCAGGUUUAAUUGUACUAUUUUUUCUUUAGAACAACUGUCAGGGUGAUUACAAUACUGUCAUUUCUGCUACACGUUCACAUGAUGCCUGCCUUGUGUAUUCUGGAGCACCGGUAAACCAAAAUGCACACGAAUGGCGGAAAGUUUUGAAGACAAGCUUAGACCAAGUUGUAAAUACUGGACAUGCAUCUGUAGGGUGUGUCAUCGCUGCUGCACAGUGGAAGAUGUUAGAAAAAUAGAGUGGAGACACUGCAGGUUUGUUUUAUCCACCAGUCAGCAAACACCUGAGCCGGCUAAACAAUGUUGUCAAUCACCAGCCUGUUGUGAUCUUGGAGUUAUUUAGAAUCGUCCUGAGUAUCACCAUAUUUGUUGUUUACAUCAUGCAAAAGCAGAAGUUCGAUUAAGUCUUGACUUCUAUAGUAGUGGAAUCAUCCGGUAAACAACUAUUUUCACGAAGCAGCCGUUUUUUGUUUUUUUUUUUUUUUUAUAAAUGUGUUGUCAAAAAGCUGUGCUAUUGCCGCCUGAAAAUAAUUAUUACUUUAACAGUUAAGGCACUCGAAUGAUGCAUGUUGUCAAAAAAUAAAUAAAUAAUAAUGCUGUUGGAGCCAAAAUAUGA